UGAAGAUGGAGGGUGUAGGAAUAGCUAGAAAAAUUAAUCUUAGCACACAUCAUUCAUUUCAAACUCUCAACCAAACUUUGUUGGACAUGUUUGGAAAAAGUGAUGAUGAUCAGAAGUAUGAACUGGUUUAUCAAGACCAAGAAGGUGAUUGGAUUCUUGCUCAAGAUGUUUCAUGGAGAUAUUUCAUUGAGUGUGCCCAACGCCUUAAAUUGCUCAAGAUAAGAGGAUAACUAAACUCAAACCUUUGUUCAUGUUUUCAUUGGAAGCCAAUAUAUUAUAUUGUUUGG